UUUGUUAAACAAUCAUGAAACCACUGGUGAUAGAGGAAGUUGCACAUUUCAGGAAAUAAGUUACUUCCUCAGAUGCCUGAUGUGGACAGUAGAGUUUUAUCUCCAUGUACUUUGAGGACUCGGCAUCUCUGUAUAUACAAAAGAAGAGAGGGCAUCUCAUGAGGGUGGUGUCACUGGUUUCUUGAAUUCAGCCACCAAGAAAUUUAAUGCAGAAUGAAUGACGUGAAGCAGAUUUAUCUUCUCUUCAUCUGUCAAGGCUUCUAUCUGAGUUCUGUGUGUCAGGAGUGGACGUUCCCUUCUACAAUCACUGCUCUGAUCGGCUCCUGCGUGGAGAUUCCUUGUACAUAUCAACCUGCCUGGACCUCAGGGACGUCCCGCACUGUAUGGUACUUAUACAAGUUUAUGCAGAAAGAUCCAGAGAUCCUAAACACCAGGGAGUCAUCUUCAGUAAUGGCAGAAUACAGAGACCGGACCUCACUGGUACCAGGAGAGAACAGCUGCACCCUGCGGAUAGACAAUGUGAGAAGAGGAGAUGGUGAUGAAUAUUAUUAUCCAGGAGACAGAAAUACAGAUGCAAACAGGAAACAAUCUAGAACAGUUUAUCUCCGUGUCACAGAUAAAGUGGAUGUUCGGCUUUAUUGGUUUAAAGUUAUGACUGAAGGAGAAGCCACCAUUAUGCAAUGUACUGCAGAUCACACGUGCCGCUCCAGUCCGCCUUCUCUACGAUGGAACAAACCCGGACAAGUGAAAAAUAAGUCAGUGGAGAUUUCUCUAGAAGACUGGAGAGAAGAAUCAGAACUUACUUACAUUCCUUCAUAUGUGGAUCAUGGGAGUCCUGUUCAGUGCAUCGCUACAUAUCCUAAUGGGAAAGACUUUAAAGUAUCAGGAACACUGAACAUCAAAUAUGCACCAAAAAAUGUGACUGUCGCUGUCAUCAGUAUAGAUGAAGUGAUGGAAGGAAGUGAUGUGAUGUUGCAAUGUAACAGCUUCUCCAAUCCUGCUGUAUAUGAAUAUGAAUGGUACAAAGGGAAAUCCAAAUUACCAGACACAAGACGGAAGAUCACUGUAAGGAAUGUGACCAGAGACAUGGAGCCCUAUUCCUGUGCUGUAAGAAAUCAUUUGGGUAGAAGAGAAUCAGCCCCGACAGAGAUACCUGUACAAUAUGCAACAACUGGAAGUAACAUCACGGUGAAGAUAAAUGAUGGAUUUACUGAAUUGAUAUGUGAAGUUCUAAGCAGCCGGCCUGAUGUAACCCACUACAUCUGGAUGAAGGAUGGGUCUAUAUUACAGAAUGAGACAGGGAAGACUCUGACCAUAUACAGCAAUGACAAGAGCUACAGGAAGUAUUCAUGCAGCCCUAAUGGCAGUCCUGAAGAUUCCUCCUUGGAAGAAACCUGCGAGAAAUGUGAUUCACCGGAUUUGCCUCUUAUUUUGGGGACAGCUGCUGGAGUUUUCAUUAUUUUUUUUUUAAUUCUGGUCAUUUACUUUUACCUAAGAAGAAAGAAGAAGUCCGCUCUUCCAACCUCCCCAAUUCAUGGAACAAUCUCUACCGAGAAGACUACGGCUAAGGAUGAAAACCAAUAUGGAAAUAUUCAGAGUAAUCACCAUGCGGAACCACCUUCCAUGAGACCAGAUAAUUCAGUGGAUAUGAAUGUUGAUGAAAACUAUGUAAUUUACAGCAACAGUGAAGCCCUGCAGCCUUCAUGUGAAGUUGAAUAUUCCACUAUUGCCCAUGGACAGCCUGAACAGCGUCCACUAACUCCUUCCAGAGUCCGCAAUGUAGAAGAUGUGGAGUACGCAACUUUGAAACAUUGAAAAUGAUAUUUACUAGUUUAUUAAACUAAUUCAGGACCGGGGCAAAAAUGAGUCAAAAAGUAUAUUUCUCCUUGGAGGACCAAGAAUGUCCUUGCAUUAAACAAAAAAGGCCAUUGGUUCAAAUUAGAACGUUGCAAUGCUUAUUUUUCCUCCAUGGUAGUUAAUGAGGUUUUCUGUGAAUAUUACAGUUUAAGGGAAGGUCUUCGGUCUGCAUUUCCUCCCAGUAGAUUCCUACCUACUUAGUCCCUGACAUUCCGGUCUUGCACCUUAACUCCUAUUCCUCCGUCUUCCAGUACCU